GGAUGUGACGUCCUGUUCGGAGAGGAGAUUGUAGCAUAUCCCGUAAACGCUGCUCGUUAACGUUGAUGUCUGGGGAGGAUAAUCACAAACAGCGGGAUGGCCGACUUUAACUGAAUGUGGCCGACUCAGGUGAACAGAAAGCGGGGUAGACUGUCCCAACACAGGGUUGAUAACAACACCAUCCACCCGGCUCCACAGACAUGGAUCUAACUUUUGUAAUAUCCGCUGUUAUCUUCACGCUGCUCGCUAUUGUAGUCGCUACGUCUUUAUUUAGCGGCUCAUCGCCUACCGUCGACUUUGCGAGUUAUUUCGGACACAGUGCUGCCGGAGGAUUAGAUGAAGCGGGGCCGCAGCAGAACGGCCAUCUGCCGGACAAUAAGAAGAAGAAGGCUGCGGACGACUGGUGUGAGAUCAGCGGCAGCUCGCAUGAUCACUGGGAUGUAGUGAAGUCUGUGCUUUCAGAGGAGGCACAUCCCCACCCUCUCUCAGAAGAAGUGGCAACACCAGUUAAGCACUCCUCCACAACCAGCCUGUCCUUGCCCAGUUCUGGGUGUAGACACCAGAGCUUAGAGGUAGACUCGUCGUCCGAGGCCUCGUCGAGGUUGUGUCGUAGGUCAUACAUUGGGCUCUCUGAAAAGCAACUCCUAAAGUGUGCUUUCUCAAUCCCUCAGACUGAAGAAGCCACAGAGAGCCCGGGGAUAGACGAUAACGAGGACAAAAACGAUUCCUUGAAGUACGUCCCUGGAAAGGCACGAUCUCACCACUUGCAGAUGAUGAUGUCUUCAGAGGAGCUGGAGGAGGAGCAGAGGAUACAGUCCAACACAGUCUGUAACUGUCUGUAGGCCUGAAAAAGGAGCAAUUAUGUGGGUGCAACGAGAGCAGCUGGCCGCCAUCUUCAAGCUGCUGAAAGACAACCAGGAGACGUUUGGGGAGGUUUCAGAUGGGGACAUGGAGGAGCAGCUCAGACUAUACUCUAUCUGAGACUCCUUCACAUUUUGGGAUCCCACCAUGUGAUGGCCUCUUUAUAUUAAGGACUACUGCAGUGCACCAAAUACUUUAAUAAACAGGUUCACAGUAUUCAACACAAGCUGUACAAUCCACAGAACAACCUCUCUUUGUGUUUUGAUUUGACAUACUUUGUGUUCUUUGAAUACCGUCCCACCACCUGUAAUCCACACACCCCAUGAUAUAAAUACUAAAUAUAAUUAGCUGGAUCCGAGGCACAGAUAUUCUCUAGCUACCGAUGUGUCAAUAAAAUCCUAUUGUUUGUA